CCCCUUUCAGACUCCAGAAUUUGUUUGCCCUCCAAGGUAGAAUCCGCCAAGCUUUGAGAGAAGGCUGUGACUGCUGUGCUCUGGGCGCCAGCUCACUCCAGGGAGUGAUGGGAAUCCUGUCAUUCUUACCUGUCCUUGCCACUGAGAGUGACUGGGCUGACUGCAAGUCCCCCCAGCCUUGGGGCCAUAUGCUUCUGUGGACAGCUGUGCUAUUCCUGGCUCCUGUUGCUGGGACACCUGCAGCUCCCCCAAAGGCUGUGCUGAAACUCGAGCCCCAGUGGAUCAACGUGCUCCAGGAGGACUCUGUGACUCUGACAUGCCGGGGGACUCACAGCCCUGAGAGCGACUCCAUUCAGUGGUUCCACAAUGGGAAUCUCAUCCCCACCCACACGCAGCCCAGCUACAGGUUCAAGGCCAACAACGACAGCGGGGAGUACACGUGCCAGACUGGCCAGACCAGCCUCAGCGACCCUGUGCAUCUGACUGUGCUUUCUGAGUGGCUGGUGCUCCAGACCCCUCACCUGGAGUUCCAGGAGGGAGAAACCAUCGUGCUGAGGUGCCACAGCUGGAAGGACAAGCCUCUGGUCAAGGUCACAUUCUUCCAGAAUGGAAAAUCCAAGAAAUUUUCCCGUCGAGAUCCCAACUUCUCCAUCCCACAAGCAAACCACAGUCACAGUGGUGAUUACCACUGCACAGGAAACAUAGGCUACACGCUGUACUCAUCCAAGCCUGUGACCAUCACUGUCCAAGCGCCCAGCUCUUCACCGAUGGGGAUCAUUGUGGCUGUGGUCACUGGGAUUGCUGUAGCGGCCAUUGUUGCUGCUGUAGUGGCCUUGAUCUAUUGCAGGAAAAAGCAGAUUUCAGCUCUCUCAGGAUACCCUGAGUGCAGGGAAAUGAGAGAGACCCUCCCUGAGAAACCAGCCAAUUCCACUGAUCCUGUGAAGGCUGCCCAGUUUGAGCCACCUGGACGUCAAAUGAUUGCCAUCAGAAAGAGUCUUGAAGAAAUCAACAAUGACUAUGAAACAGCUGACGGUGGCUACAUGACUCUGAACCCCAGGGCACCUACUGACGAUGAUAAAAACAUCUACCUGACUCUUCCUCCCAACGACCAUGUCAACAGUAAUAACUAAAGAGUAACGUUAUGCUAUGUGGUCACACUCUCAGCUUGCUGAGUGGAUGACAAAAAGAGGGGAAUUGUUAAAGGAAAAUUUAAAUGGAGACUGGAAAAAUUCCUGAGCAAACAAAACCACCUGGCCCUUAGAAGUAGCUUUAACUUUGCUUAAACUACAAACACAAGCAAAACUUCACGGGGUCAUACUACAUACAAGCAUAAGCAAAACUUAACUUGGAUCAUUUCUGGUAAAUGCUUAUGUUAGAAAUAAGAGAACCCCAGCCAAUCAUAAGCAGCCUACUAACAUAUAAUUAGGUGACUAGGGACUUUCUAAGAAGAUACCUACCCCCAAAAAACAAUUAUGUAAUUGAAAACCAAUCGAUUGUCUUUAUUUUGCUUCCACAUUUUCCCAAUAAAUACUUGCCUGUGACAUUUUGCCACUGGAACACUAAACUUCAUGAAUUGCACCUCAGAUUUUUCCUUUAACAUCUUUUUUUUUUUUUUUUUUUUUUU